AUGCAAAAAUUUGUGGGGAUUUCAAGCAACGCGAACAGGCCUCCUAGAAAAAUGAAAGUCGCGCUGGAAUUUAGGGUAAGGUUGCCAUCGGUGACUACGAAGACGAAGACGACGAAGACGAGGACGAGGAGGAGGACGGCGGUGGUGGUGGCGGAGGAGGAGGAGGAGGCGGCGGCGGAGGAGACGGUGAAACCGGUGAAGGAGGCAGUGCCAGUGACGAUAGUGGUGUUAGUGGUAUCGGUGGCGAAAGUGUUUACGGUGGUUGUGGUGGCGGUGGUGGUAUCGGCUGCUGUGGUGACGACGGCGACGAUCGCGGCCGCGGGAAGUUCCAAGUGCGACGAGGAGAACGGAAUUAAGGAGGCAGAGAGGUGGUGGUGGUGGAGGAGAAGAAGUUCCGCCCGGAGGUCGUUUCACCCUCUUCGUGGCGACGGGGCCGUUAUCUGGCCGCGCUGUUUAGCAGCUAUGGGCUGUGCCAUGUCCGCGGAAGAGCGAGCCGCUCUGGCUCGCAGCAAGCAGAUCGAGAAGAAUCUCAAGGAGGAUGGUAUCCAGGCGGCCAAGGACAUUAAACUCCUGCUGCUUGGAGCGGGCGAGUCCGGCAAGAGUACGAUCGUGAAACAAAUGAAAAUUAUCCACGAGAGCGGCUUCACGCCGGAAGACUUCAAGCAGUACAGACCCGUCGUAUACAGUAACACGAUACAAUCUCUAAUCGCUAUUCUCAGAGCAAUGCCUAAUCUGGGCAUCAGCUUUUCAACCAACGAGCGAGAGACGGACGCAAAAAUGGUAUUCGACGUAAUACAAAGAAUGGAAGAUACGGAACCUUUUAGCGAAGAAUUGCUGGCGGCUAUGAAGAGGCUGUGGUACGACAAUGGAGUGCAGGAGUGCUUUGGUAGGAGCAAUGAGUAUCAGUUGAACGAUUCCGCGAAAUACUUCCUGGAUGACUUGGACCGAUUAGGAACGAGGGAUUACCAGCCAACGGAACAGGAUAUUCUCAGGACCCGAGUAAAAACGACAGGAAUCGUGGAAGUCCAUUUCUCAUUCAAAAACCUUAACUUCAAAUUAUUUGAUGUAGGUGGUCAGAGGAGCGAGCGUAAGAAAUGGAUACAUUGCUUCGAGGAUGUAACUGCAAUUAUCUUCUGCGUGGCAAUGUCCGAAUACGAUCAAGUCUUGCACGAGGACGAAACGACGAACCGAAUGCAAGAGAGCUUAAAGCUGUUCGACUCGAUCUGCAACAACAAAUGGUUUACCGACACCUCGAUUAUCCUCUUCCUGAACAAGAAGGAUCUCUUUGAGGAAAAAAUCCGCAAGUCUCCUCUCACAAUCUGUUUUCCCGAAUACGCUGGUGCGCAGGCGUACAGCGAAGCGGCUGCAUACAUCCAGGCACAGUUCGAAGCGAAGAACAAGUCGACCACGAAGGAGAUUUACUGCCACACGACCUGUGCCACCGACACGAACAACAUUCAAUUUGUGUUCGACGCAGUCACAGACGUCAUUAUCGCCAAUAAUCUGCGCGGCUGCGGUCUCUACUAGGCUAAUUCUGUAUUCUACGUUAAGCGCAAACGGAGGAGGAAAACGUUACCCACGAUAUGGCUGGCCGGACGAUAUUCUUCAAUGGGUUCGUGGCUCGUCUCGGUUCUACUCCGACGCGAGAAAGAGAGAAGGAGAGCGAGAGAAAGAGAGAGGAAGACGACCCCUUUCGUUAUCAACGCUGUGCAGAAGCGUAGCAAAAUGUUUAGUUUGUCUUGUCUUAUACUAAUGAAUCUGAGAAGCCGACAAUCGUUCGUGAUGUCGUUCGGACGAACGGCACGCUCCUUGACGAAGGCAGCGAGAAAGAACGAUCGAUUGCGGGAGAGAAACGCGUGCUCUAAGAAUGAGACGGUGGGCCAUCGUUGGCUCCGUUCCUCGGAGAGGAUAAAUGUUGUUUUCGCAGGAAACGAGAUCGAAAGCGAUCGAUGGCGAUUUCGCGGGUGAUAUAAUGACCUUAGUAUAUGUGCCGAAGAAAUGAAAGGGAUCUUAAUUAAUCGUGCUUGCAUCCGAUCGUCGACGGUGACGAAAACUGUCGGGUCCUGUACAAAAUUGAGAGGGUCGCGGACCGUUUAAUCGAAGCUGGCCAUUGAUGUUAAGAAUCGUCGAGCACAUUUUGUACCGCGAUUUUCGGCUUCAUUCUCGUUUCGCUAUAGAAACGCUCGAGCAUUCCAUGACGCUCCACGCGGAGGAAGAGAGGAAGAGUCACGUGUGCGCGCCGCGCAUACCAGUCGAAACCUUUUCCCACAAUUUUCGCACACAGAUUUUACUAAGCGCACUCGAAGUUCGGUUUAUAUAUACACAUAUACACGUUCAUAUAUUCUCUUAUGUCUCUCCUUUCCAUCGAGGAACAAAUUCGCACGCGAUCGAACGUAUCUCUCGAGAGCGUUGACAUGCGUUUUCCCAGAUUUGCAUUUUGAUAAGCGGAGAGCGGUUGAAGGACAACGCGGUAAAUUUUGUAAGAGAGUAACGCGCGGUGUCGAUAUCGCGAAGUAUCUCCAAGCUCAGUUGAUUACUUCUCGUAAUAUAACGGUUAGAUCUUUCUAUUUUUAUUUCAUGUCAUUUCUAUACGUCAUGCAAUUAUUACGCAGUUAAUACGACGACCACGCACAUGGGAUAUUCCUAGGCACAGGAACAUUACAGCCACAAAUGUCGAUCCAUACGCACAUACACGCGCAUAAAUUAUUUUUCACGGUGAAGCAAUUUAUUCCCUUCGUUAACGAUCGUCGACAGAGUGUCAUGUACAGUAUACUUUUAGCGCACGUACACGAAUUCCAAGUAUAUGUAAGAACGUGUCGACCCUUGAAAUUCUAGCGACUCUGAAAUUAUCCGUUCAUACGGUGAAAUUUCCUGGUAGGAAUAUUAGGAAAAUGAAAAGUCACGCGAUUUCUACGCGCGGGAUAAUUCGCAUUAUCUUACUAGCGGAUACCGAGGGAAAAAAUUUUCCGGAAUAACGAGACUUCUUACGAUUAAAAAUGAUUGUCGCUAGUUUACUGACAGUGAAUCCAAGAUUUUCACAUGGACGCUCCGUGCGUUCAAGCAGGGACACACGUACCUGUGUGUAUACAAUUUCUGAGACAUCCUGCGCACACGCGUAUGCGCUGCAGCGAUUCGCGGGAAUCCUAAGAGUGUAUUUUUCUAAGUGCUUCGUUUUUCUUCCUUUCCGUUUUCUUUUUCCUACGGGGCGUACCGACAAUAUUGAUGGUUAAGUUCAGUGUACGAAAAGAGAGGGAUGGGCGAGGGAAAGUGUACUCUCGUAUGCACACAUGGGACCUCACAUUUAGGCGCGUGCACCAACACGUGCGUUUCUGGGACAGGACAAGUAAGAAUCUCGUUGCGCACAAUCGUACUGUACUCGGCGCUAUCUCGCAUAAGUUAUAUUUUAUUACACGGUAACUGUUGGGGGAGAUACCGGCGAGAGAAAAUGAGCCACCGAUGAUGAGCAUCGUCACGUUUCGAUACUCCGAUUGCUUUCUCGUCAGAAAAGGAGAAACUGAAGGGACGAUGGGAAUAGGCAUAGUGCAGAGAAGUACGCAUAAAGAUUGUCAUAAUUGUUUUUGACAGUGUCAUAAGUUAACGUACAAUGAUCAACAUACGUUGAAAAUAAUUACGAUAAAUCUUUGUGCGUUGUCUUACGAUUCUAUUAAAAAUACGGAAAAAAAAGAUUUAUUAAAACAACUAAAAGCUUCACUGAUUCAGGAAAUCUACGGUCGUAAUAUACAGACAACCAGUUUUCUAUGUUAAAGUAGCAAAGUUGUACUGCUAAAUAAAAUUAGCGAUUAUAGAUAAUCAUAUUUGUUGUAAUAGCACAACAAAUUUGUUAAAAAAAAAAAAAAUACAGAAAAGAGAUAACUUUCCUUGAAAAUCGAUCCAAUAUAUACACCAAAAUUUUUUACAAAACAUGCUAGCUAAGCUGGCGCAUACUUUUGCUACUGUAAUGAAGGAAACUUGUUAGAUUAACAGUGUUCAUUGUAGCAAAGAAUUAGCUGUAUUAGCACACUGAUAAUUACAGACAUGAUUUCUUUAUUGAAUCAUCAAAUCUUCUUAGUUAUAGAUGUUGAACUCGUGCAGCAAACUAUAGUUUUGCUGAACCAUCUAAUCUAUUUUUUUUUUCCGUCAACAGUUAUGGCAAAUAUUAUGAUCUUUGUGCUCAGGCCCUAUGUCGGGAUCAGGUGACGAGAAGUCGAUCGUUCGAGAUAUCAGAGAUCCCGUUUUGUCAUCUGACAGUGAUCCUAACUGAGAUCAAUAUAAAGGUCCUUGGAGUAAAAAGACGACGACAGAUUAGCCGAAAAGGGUGGAUGGAAAGCGCGAGUGCGACUGCACGAUAUAUCGAGGGCUGACGAAUGCAAUUGAAGCAAGGCUCGAAAAUAUCGGCCGCUGAUACUUGUGCUCGUCUGAUACUUGAAGAAGGAUGCACUCUCAAAUGCUUGAACGAUACUUGAACGAUACAACCGUUGAAAGAUAUUUCUGAGAUAACUUCUAGAUCUCACAGGAGAGUUCAUACUGUAUACUCUCUUCAGAAGUGUUUUGUACCGUUGGUAUCGUUCGCGUGGACCACGAACCGUCAAUGUAACGAAGUAUACUUUAGAAACGAGCCUCGAGUGUGGCAGCAAUGCUAUUUAUUAGCGAUCUUAAAUUAUUUGAUCUUUAAUCUUUUCAAGUAUCAGACGAUACCCGACGCUUCUAAGCUACGUUACUAGUAGUCAAGUAGUCGAUGGUAUUUGGGGCGUCAUCAGUGAGACGAGUGACGAGUUAAUCGUAUUUUGUGACUUUAACUAAAGUGACUUAGAUAAAGUAUUUAUACGGAAAACCAAAAAGAUGAAAUAUGUGUAAGAAGUCUCAAACGUACCAAAUAGCGCGUGCCAAUGCGCAUGAUUUAAAUUUUAAUCUAGCUACGUUAGAGUAUCGUGGGGCCCAGUAAACUGCGCUUUCUGUCGGGAGAGUGAUUGGACACGAUAGGAUUGACGUUGUUGGUCGUUGUCGCAAGAUACGCGGAUUCGACCGAUCAUGAACAUCGGUUUCUAGCGUUGGUAGACGGAUUACUUUAACUUUAAAUUAUCGUAUUAACUACUGCGCUAACAAAUUUAGCUACUGUGACUGUUCGAAGAGAAUCAACUGUGCGGCCGAGACUUCGAUUGAUUCAUUAGAGGAAGCAGAUCGCUGUCAAUUGCGAUGUCGGUCGAAUCCGGCUAUUCGCGCGCGACUUGAUUGUUUAUGACUAUGUUGUACCGUACUGAUAAGGGAACGUGUUACAUUGCAAAAGUGAUAUAAAAAAAAACUAAUGCUAUCAAAGUUCAUAUUUGAAUUAAGUAUUCUAGAUUGUCAAAUAUUGGGAUCGUAUGGAUUCUGUAUCCGACUUGGGCUGAAACAUGUUUGGCCAUUUUAACUUAGAUACAAAAUAUUUUGAGCAAUGCAUUUUCACAUUUCAAAUAAAAGUUGUAAGGUUUG